UGUUUAGUAGUCAGGAUGCCGUUUUUUGUUUGUAGCUUUGGCUGGGAGCUUUAUUAUGGGACAGAUUCCAGAGCUACCACUUGGAACGUGGAGGAAGUGGAAAGCGAUAUUAAUGAUGAAGGUUUAGUUCACAGUCAGAAGACUCCCAGCUUGCAGAUAAUGCCAGCAGCUUCCGUUCAGCGCAAACCGGUGGGUAAUUCGCUGCUGCUGACCUGCCGACCGGAUGUCCCCGAUAGCACACUGAUUUCCGACCUGCGGUGGAGUGACAGUCGCAACAUGACGAUACCGCCCAAAGCGACUAAAUAUUACUACCCCCAGUUCGAUUCGAAAGGUCGCAAACUCCCAGCAAAGGCCGGUCAAACUUCGCCGCCAAUCUACACUGAGUCCAUUACGGGAGGGCAAGCAUUGGCAUUGCUGUUCAACUCGCUGCAAGAAUCCAUGGCCGGCGUCUACUACUGUGCGGCGUCUUAUUCCGUCACAGAACAACUGGCGGCGUCCGUUCUGGUCGAAACUUAUGUUGCCAUCACGUGGAAGGAUGCUCCCGAGGAUCAACGACCAAUUCUGGGUGAGGACUAUAUCGUACGUUGCGAGGUGUACGCCAAUCCGCCAGCCACCGUCGACUGGCUUCGGGAUGGUGACCCGAUUAAAUCCAGUGGUCGGUACGUAAUCGAGAACCGAGGGCUGCUGAUUCGUAAUGUGUCGGAGAACGACGACGGUUUGUACACAUGCCGAGCGGCUGUGAUAUCAACUGGUGAAUUGGCCAAAAGAGUCAUCCGCGUCGAAGUUCAAAUCAAACCGGAAGUGCAACAACUACCAACGACUCUAAAUGCCGUGGAGGGACAAUCGUUUUCGUACUUGUGCAAUGCUACCGGCAAACCAGUACCUGAAUUCCAAUGGAUUAAGAAGAGCACUCAGCAAAAUGUGGCUGAUAUCGAUAGGUUCUCCGUGAAUGCGUUGACAGGUCAGCUUGACAUUAGUCGAGUGGAACAAGACGAUCAUGACACCUACACGUGUGUAGCCAAGAAUGCUGCUGGCAUUUCUGAAUCAACCACUAAACUAAACGUUCUGAUUCGUCCGAAGAUCAUCGAAUUCAUGAAUAUCACAGUACCUGAAGGUGAGGAAGCCGUGCUGGCGUGUAGAGCGUUCGGUAGGCCACCACCAGAAAUUACAUUCCGACGAUACGGUACAACUGAAGAGUACAGAGUAGGACUGCAAGUCAGCGAUGAUCGUAUCGUUCUGGACAUGCAAGAGAAUGCCGAGCGAAGCGAAACUAUUGGAAAUUUAAGAAUUUCACAGCUAGAUAAGACUGAUGACGGUUUGUACGAUUGCAUUGCCAGAAAUCCAGGAGAUGUAGCGUACAAAGUUGGUCAUAUUACCGUUGAGUACAAACCAAACUUUGAUCAUCUGAAAGCAUUGCCGCCGGUGUACACUUGGGAACAGCGUCCAGCAAAUUUGAGUUGCUUCGCGCAAGCUAUUCCCAACGCAACUAUUGAAUGGCGAUGGAAUGAUCGUCGUAUUUCGGAUUUGUACGACAUUAACAUGAAAAUCGAGGAGCAAGGUUUCAGAAGCGAUCUGAUCAUCACGCCAAGGGAGCAACGAUAUUACACAAGCUACAAAUGCGUUGCCACGAAUCGCCUCGGUCGUGAAGAACAUAUUAUGGAGCUGCGUGAGGCUCGAAUUCCCGAAGCCGUUGCUCAAGCCAAACCAAAAUCCGUUAGUGCUACUUCGAUGACGUUCGACAUCAUUCCACCAGCGUUCGAGAAAGGGCUACCGAUCACUGCAAUGUCCGUACAGUACAAAGAGGAGUUCAACCCGGAUUGGAACACCGCAAUGAAUCGUACCUGGUCUCCCGAUAGUCCUUACAUUGUGGAAGGUUUACGACCUCAGACAUCGUACAGUUUCCGCUUUGCUGCAAGGAAUGUGGUAGGACUUGGGCCAUGGUCCGCUUACAUGGUGCAUUCUACUCCGAAACGAUCCGAACCGGAAACUCCGAAAACGCUGCACACACCUAUUCAGGAGGAGGACGAAGAAGACGACGCUAUCGUAGCAUCGCCUUAUGCAGAUCAUUUCGAACUGCGGUGGAAUGUGCCGGUCGACAAUGGCGAGCCAAUCAACUUCUACAAGGUGAAGUUCUGUCCGGGAUCCAAAAUCAACGGUGUAUGGACUGAGCUAGAAGGUGCCUGUUUGGAGGAGGACAUCCCAACGGCAACGCACUACGAGAUGCGGGAUCUACAGGCCGACACCUACUACCGGAUAGAACUGAUGGCGCACAAUGCCAUCGGAUUCUCGCGACCUGCUCACCUGCUCCUGAAGACCGCCCGAGGAAAUUAUUACUACGGCAGUGGCAAUUCUAACGACGCCCUGUGGUCAUCCAUCAUUGCCGGAUUGAUGUUGAUAGCCACGUUUAAUUCAAUCCAUCAUCAGCGAUCGUAAAAGUUAGUGUGCCAUCCCCCUCGGUGGGCCCUUCCCCGCUCUUCCCGGCACAAUCGUUGUGCAGUAUCGUGCUGUUGGGACGCUGUGGGUGACCCCUAUCAUCACUUCCCAACGACUAUAAUGUUCCACGAGGGAACAUAGAAAAAAAAUCAUAAAUACUUACCAACAAUCAAGAGAACAACCGAAUGCAGAAUCUAUACAGAAGAAAAUGUGUUGCUAGUUGAAGAUAUAUCGUCACGUGUUCCAGCGAAAAUAGGCGCUAUAGGCGCCACCAGAAAACGAGACAUCAAAUUCUACACUGUGGUCAUUUUUUGCAGAAAGUGUAUAGUUUUAUACAACAGAUUACAUUUUAAUUCAGUAUUUUUCUCAAAACUGUAUAAAUUUUAGUUUCGAUAGAAAGUAUAUCAUGCUCCUUUGAUGAGGAUUCAAAUUUUAUGCAGUUUCACAUUUUAAGCACGAACAAUGAUUUUUUGGAUUGAAUACCUAAAAUCAUGUAGACAAUAAUUCCUAAUUGUUAUUUUUUUUUUGUAUACAAGAAACGAUUCUUCUGAAUUUCAUAUUUUUUAGAGUUUGGAUAGUUGAACUAUAAACUUAAAUUGUAAAAUCUACCUCUACAAAUGGAUUGUUUAUGAAAAUUUCUAAACUUACCGAUGAAUCUAGUUGACAACCUAGACAAACUGUUUAACACUUUUUGACCAAUUGUAAUGUAUUCAAUACAUUUUGGUAUCUUCUGAAUCUUCUAUCAGUAUUUUUUGAAAGUGAAACAGAAAAAUAAUAAAUACAUAUAUUUUAGUUUUGACGACCAACAAAAACAUUUUCGACCACAGUGCGCUAGCAACCGAGAACACUCGAAUGACCGAAUCUAGACUUUUUAUCGUCACUUACAUCCCAACUCGAAGAAGUAGAAAAAAAACGCGAAAAACAAACUAUCACGAAAGAAAUCAAUAACCGUUUUUUACGCCAAAAAAGUGUUCAGACUGAGCGAAGGGCAGAACGGCACCCUCUAGUGCAGCAGACACUCAAUUUCACUAUCGUAUUUUAGCAUCUUUUAGAGGAGAACCAAAGUGCGACCAAACCGAGUCCAACGAAGAAAAUGGAACAUGCUGAUAAAAGGCGAGAAUUUGAAGGAAUUUUACAACGCAGUGCUAAGAAGAAGAAAAUAAAAGUCGCGCGCGGGUAAACUAUAGCCGUUAUAAUGUAAAUGAUGUGGAAAUGAAUCAAGCAAAGGAGCAGGAAUGCAAAUUACAGGAAUAAUUAAUUUCCCACCCUUGCCCAGUUCCAAAUUCAAUUGGUCUAUAUUUGCGCUAUUCGCAACUAUCGUGAAAGUCGUCGUCGUCGUCGUAAUGCGAAUGGAGAACGCGUUGAAUGCCGUGGCAUUUCUUAGGACUUUCCACGGCUCUGUUUGUAUAUAGGUAUGGCAGUUGAAAUGGGGAAAUGAAUUUACAUUGUUACGAUUGUUACGUUCGCGACCGUAAAUCUGGUUCCACCACCAAGCACCGAGUAAUGUUUUCCAAAGAUGAAUGCUUUCACUGCUGGACGCGAGCUUUGAGAAUCACGUGAAACCAAACUAUGCGGUCAUCCGAUACCUAACUGUAAGCCUCAAUAGUGUGGAGUUGUUUUUUGGAGGAUUUUCGUGGCACCGUAUCGUAUUACAAUCUAUUGCCAUAACUUUAGCGAUAUAGGACAACGACAAGAAGGGGCGGUAAAAAGCAUAAGAAUCUUAAUUAUAAAGACAAAAGAACAGGGGAAUCAUGACUCAACUGAAAAUGGGUCGUAUUAUAUUUGAUUUCUGCAACACAACUAACUUACUUAACAAAUCUCUGGGGUAGUUUUCAAAAAUGUCUUUCCAACACAUGAUGAUAAUUGCCGGAAACAUUCCUUAGAGUCAUGUUUGCAGUAUGUUAUUGAAUUCAAUUGUUUUUUUUUAACGAACUUGUGUCUAACUUACUUAUUCUUCUUAGGGUAGGUGUAUCGGUAUUCGCCAUAGUAUCAGUUUUCGUCACUCCGGUAUAUACAGUCAGUGACAUAAGUUAGUAACCACAUGCAGUUUUUCCAAACGAAAUGUCCACGUUUGGGGCUCUGUAUCUCAGCUUUUGGUAGUCCGACUUGGCUGAAAUUGAUGACGAACAACAAACAUCAAAUAUUUUGCCUGUAAACGAAUUAUUACAUAGCAGUCGUUUUCCAUGGAGUUUCAGAGGGUUGUCCAAAGACAAAAGUAAGUAACUUGGACAUAUUGUAUGGAAAAACAGCAUUUGGUUACUAACGUUUGUCCCUUACUGUAUAUUGCUUUAGUACACAAAUAAGCAAAUAUCUUUAAGUGUUCAUUGAUUGCUUGAAAAUGUUCCACAUUCUAUGAAACCAGUGUUUACUGGAAUAUAUAAGAUAAAAAUGUUUUUUUCCCUUGAAUGUUUGCUACUUUGCACCUCAUUUUACCGUGGUGUUCCUGAAUUUGUCAAUCUUCUUAAGAAACCAACGUAGGUGACGAAUUCAGAAAUCUAAAUUUCAAACAUAAUAAAUACUGGUGCAAGUGAUCCUGUAUUCGCCACCCCAAACACGGUUUCUGACCAAUCCUUAUAUUGUUACUGCUAAAAAUGGGUCGAAAGCUUUCGUUUAACGUAUGACCAGUAUUCAACAUUUUUGAUCGAUUUCAAAAACUAUUUUACAUAGGGUGGCGAAUAUUAGUACACCUACCCUAGUUUUGCCGAGAUUCUGCGACUUUGC